AUAAAGAAAAAGUAGAUUAAGGAAUAAGCUAAGUAAUUUAACAAAAAAGUCUGCGAGUGGAGUUUUUAAAAUAAUUAAGAGUGAAUUAAUUAAAUCAAUUGUAUCUUGUGAAUACUAUCAAAACAAAAGUGGCAAUUACUAGAAUUAUUAUCUGUUCUAUUUUGGUUGACUAAGAAAACAAAUGCAUUAAAAUAAAUUUGUCUAUACUCGACCUAAAUGUAUCUUACCAUUUUCAACUGGUUUUGUUCAUGGGGCAGUGGUAUAAACGGCACUUGCUGUUGCCACGGUCUUAGUAACAUAAAUAAUUGCAAUAAUUUUGCAAGAUAUUAGUUUUACGAUGUCCAAAAUGAGAAUUUUACGAAAUAUUUACAUAGCCGUGCAGCCACAGUUUUUAUACGUAGUAAUAAUUACGUUUGUUGGGGCAUUCACCAUAAACUACAGAGUUGCGGCUAGUCCAGUUGAAAUCGUUUUAAAUACUACCAACCAUGGGAUUACAAUAAAUGCGUCUCCAAACUGGAAUCCUCUACCAAAUGCUCAGUAUUCAAACAAAACACAAAAUAAUAAUAUCCUUACUGAUCUUAAGAUAUCUGAAACAAUUCCAUCAAUAUUAGCGCCGCAACAAACGCCUAUGUCUAUAAAUACUUUGCCUACAGUAUAUUAUGGCCAUAAAAAACGUGACAGGCUUCUAAAAUGUCAUUGCGAUAUUUGCAAGGAAACAAAUUUUAUAUGCGAAACAGAUGGAUAUUGCUUUACGUCUGUAGAAAAAGGUUCAGAUGCGACAACUUUUAGUUAUAGAUGUUUAAAUUUAACUCAAAGUUUCCCACCUGGUCGAUUCAUAUGGUGUAAUGAUGGUACUAAUGGUGGACCAACAGCACGUCCAGCUGCUGUUCGUGGUGGACAUGCCUGCUGCAAAGAGCGUGAUUUGUGUAAUUUAAAAUUGAGACCAAAAAUAAAAUUGCAUCCGAUAGAUCUGGAGCGAAAUAAAGAAGGUGCGAGGAACCCGCAAAAACAUUUCGUUGAUCGAAUUGUUUGAUUGUUACUAGCGUAACUUGUUGUUACGUUAGUAAGAAGUCACAUAGCUUGUUUUUUGCUACCAAAUUUACUUUAAUUGAAUUGAAUAUGUCAUCAGUUAUGCAAGGACAAAAAAUACUUAAUUAGAAAAUAAUGGCAACCUAGCUUGUUCGAACUGUUCUAAAUCACCUAACAUUUCGUUCUAAACUGUUUCUUUGCAAAUCAGUCGUAAACUGCAAAUCGUAACAAAUAUAAAUUUUACAUAUACAUAAUUUAAAAUCCCCUAAUUUGUUUCUGUUAUUUGUGUUUUAUUUGUGUUAUAUUUAAAAUUUGUUUUUACUAACUUAAUGAAUACGAAUGCCUUUACAACGCCAACAAUUUUACAAUAUGUUUUUUAAUAAUUGAACUUGAUCCAAACUUACACCCAAUGCAUAUAAUG